GCCAGCCCACCCACCCUCUCCCAUUCUCCUCUUCCCGAUUAAGCAGAAGAAGAACAACAAGAACAUGAACAAGAACAAGGAGGAGGAGGAGGAGGAGAAGGAGGUGGAGGAGGAGGAGGAGGUCAUCUUGUGCAAACGGGUAUGUUUUGUGGAGAGGGAGGAGGGGGAGGAGGAGGGGGAGGAAGAGGGGAAGGAGGACGGGGAAGGAGGAGGGGGAAGGAAAGGGGGGGGAGGAGGGGGAGGAGGAAGGGAAGGAGGCGGAAGUCCGAGGGUGGAUGACGAGGAGGCGGAGGAGGUCAUCUAUGGAGGAGGAGGAGGAGGAGGAGGAGGAGGUCAGCUUGGGCGAACGGAGGAAGAACAGCGGCUAUAUUGCGAAGGGGAAGGAGGAGGAGGAAGAGGAGGGGGAGGAGGAGGAGGGGAAGGAGGAGGAAGAGGAGGAGGAGGAGGAGGAGGAGGGGGAGGGGGAGGAGGGGGUGGAGGUUAUCAUCGAGUGGCACACCCGCAUCACGAGAAGCAAGCAAGCGAGGAGGUGGGGCAGGGCCAUUUGGAUAAAGCGCCUCCGAGUACGAGUCCCUAAAUGCGUGAAAUGGUGGAUGUAUAUUCAGCUAAAGAGUGCAAAGAUACACCCUCCAUGUUCUUUUCUCCUUUUCACAUUUGAGGAGUGUCGAGGGGCAGGGCUCAUACUAUAAAUAGCCAACAGGGAAAGAAGAGCUGGACGAGCAAAGGAAGAGAGAGCGAGAUGUCCUUCUUUCUAAAGGGGGGGGGGGUAGUACUUUUUUUGAAAGUAGAAGCGACCGAGAUGUCCCGUAUCCGUUAAAAUUGGAACGAUACAGAACACAUUAAUUAAUUAACAUUAAUUAAUUAAAAUGAAUAAUAAUUAGCGAU